GAGUGCAGCAGCAAAGGCAGCAGGCACGUACUGCACGCUGAAGACGGGACGCUGCUGUCACACCGAGCGAGCCAAACAGACCCGAACCAGAACCAGGACGGCGGAUAAGAGGACCAGAGGACAGGAAAAACUGCUAUUUUAAAACUUCAACUCCAAGUCUUUUUGUUUGUUUGUUUGUUUGUUUACAUUUUAGAGGACUUCUGAACACCAAGAUGUAGUUUCUCCUCAUGUGAAAUUUUUGACCUGUAGCGGAAGGCUGAACCUCCCACUUAGAAGUUGACUGGAAGGGAGAGAAAAAACAGCGGGGCGAGCUGGCUAGAAAUGGAGAAAUCAAAGAGCUUUUCUUCAGACCGAAGCAUCCUGUGUCUGUUUGACGUGGACGGCACGCUGACACCACCGAGAGAAAAAAUCGACCCAAAGCUGGACGAGUUCUUUCAGAGUCUGAGGAGGAAAGUUAAGAUCGGCAUAGUCGGAGGGUCGGACUACCCCAAGAUAGCGGAGCAGCUCGGGGAAGGGGAUGAUGUGAUACAUAAGUUUGAUUACGUGUUUGCUGAAAAUGGGACCGUUCAAUACAAAGACGGGAAACUCCUGUCAAAGCAUGCGAUCCAGAACCAUCUGGGAGAGGAGCUGCUGCAGGACCUGAUUAACUUCUGCCUCCGAUACAUGGGGCUCAUUAAACUGCCGAAGAAAAGGGGCACUUUUAUCGAGUUCAGGAACGGAAUGAUUAACAUUUCGCCCAUCGGUCGCAGCUGCACCCUGGAGGAGAGAAUCGAGUUCUCUGAGAUCGACAAGAAGGAGAAGAUCCGGGAGAAAUUUGUUGCUGCCCUGAAAAAGGAGUUUGCUGGGAAGGGGCUGCGCUUCACUAAAGGCGGUCUCAUCAGUUUCGAUGUUUUCCCUGAGGGCUGGGACAAGAGGCUGUGCUUAGAUGUGCUGGAGAACGAAGGCCUGGACGCCAUCUACUUCUUUGGCAAUGAGACCUCAGACGGAGGAAACGACUACGAAAUCUUCAAUGACCCGAGGACCAUCGGUUUCACCGUCUACUCUCCCGAGCACACGGCCCGGCUCUGCCGAGAACUUUUCCUGGACGCUUCGCCGCCUCUCAUCGCGUUGCCUUCAGCCAAAAGCCCCUCUGAACUGGAUGGCAACAGGAAUAUUGAUCGCAGGCUUUUAAUGAACUGCUGAAUGGCACCACUACUGAUCUCUCCUUGUUAAUAACAAUAGUUUAAUAUAUGAUUGAAAGGCGGAGGGUUAUUUUUAUUUAAAGGAAUGGACAACGGAUGAGGGAGUGUGGAUUGUUGCCAUUUUAACAACUGUGCCAGAAAAUGUGUUUGACUGCUGUGAUGUUGUCACCUUGAAAUUUACUCCCAAAUAACAGGAAUGUUCAUCUUCCAGAUUACUUUGGGUAUGAAGCGAUAUUUUGCACUAAUGUGGGGAUCCCUUUAUUCCUCUGGUUGUUGACAAAGCCACUGCAGUAAGGGAGAGGAGUGGAACCAUGAUUUGUUUGUAUUUGUCAGGUCAGAAAAAUGUGAUGAACCCGUUGAAAACAAGGAUCUCUCCACAGUCAAAGUUCAGGAUGUACCAAAGGGACGUAACAUUCCAGGUGCUUUAAUUUUUAAACCAGAUCUGUCUCAGUGUGUUAACCGUUUAACUUUCUUGGGUCAAAUAUUUACAUUAACUUCUCGAAGGUCGUGAAAAAGUUAUGAAGAAUGAUUUUUGUGCUUGCUGCGGGUCUUUAAAUGCAAUCAAGGUAACGCUUUGCAGAUAUAAAAGGAAGGGUCGGUUUAAACUGGAGUUUUGUUGUGUGAUUGUGAAGAGUCAGUAUCUUACCUGCAGUUGAUAAGAUGAAAAUUUCACUGUGUAACAAUGAAAAAAAAAAGAAACGUUAUUCACUUGAACCUAAGUCCCCAUUGCUUUGGUUAAACAGAUAUUUCAAUUUGAAAGGUCAUUGUUACAGUUUGCAGACUAACGUGGUCUGAGUGCAAAUUUGAUUUCAAUGGCUAUCUAAUGCUAAAGUCCCUGUCUACGUUUCGAUAAACAUUAGCUAGAAAUCCAACCUCUCUCAUCAGAGCAAAGACUUUAAGAGAAUUAUCUACUGCAGCCAGGUAAGAUACUUUCUGCUAUUUGCCUCUCAACAGACACCGCUCUUCAAAAGAUGUGAAUUUUGACCUUUUAGAAUACCGUCCAAAAAGGUCCUGAGACACUCCAUUUGUCGCCGUACUGCAUUACGUGUCAUAGCAGCCUGACUUUAUUGCAAUCUUUUAAAAUGGUCCUGAAUUUGUUAAGAAGAGUGAAAGUUAAGACAUUCCAAAGACAACCCGGUAUACUAAGCAGAAAAUAUCAGUUCUGUAUAAUAUUUGGCAUUUUGCACGAAUUCAACAGAACAACUGGAAUAGAUAGGAAGCCAGACUAAAAAGUGCCUAAAGAUGCUGAAAGCAAAUAUAGCAUAAGACCAUUUAAACAAAUUCCAAAAAUCUCUCAAUUAGGGAAAUAGCUGAUGAAAUAGUAAGUGUUGUUGGACUUUUGCACAGUACCGGAUGUUUAAAAAAAUGAUUGAUAGCUCAAUGGGGGAAUUCAUCUGAACCAGUGAUUUGAUCUACUGUGGAUCGUAUCACUAUUUGAUCAAUCUUUAUCUGCAUAUUUGAUGAUCAUCAGUAAUUAUUUUUUUAAAAAAGACUGCUAAGCUUUGCAGCAAAAGAGAUGUCAAUCAUAUAAAGUUUCCAAAGUGCUUGUUUGAAACCAAAUUUCUGAGCUUGACAGCAUUUUAUGAAAUGUACGCUCUUUUCCACCAGUGUUUUAAGUUCUUUUAGGAGAUGCAGAAUUGAUGGUUUAUGGUUUGGGAACAGACCGCCCUCAUAAGGAAAACUGACCAUACACACUCCUUCAACCUGAGGGGCUACAGUGGACUUCAAAUUAUAAUGUGUCUGUGGAGGCGACUGUAAGGUUGAUCCUGUUCGUUAUUCAGCCUCUCGUGGAGAAAAACAAGCUACAUAAUGUAAUAAAUCCCUUUUGAAAA